GUGCUGUACCGCGUGCGCUGGAAGAACUACACCUCAGACGACGAUACCUGGGAGCCAGAGUCUCACCUGGAGGAUUGCCGAGAGGUGCUCCUCGCCUACCGGAGGAGGCUGGCCGAGACAAAGAAGGAGGCCCCUGGAUGCUGGUGUAGUUCAUUGGGAAACCAAAAUGUCCCCAAACCACUGAAUAUGACUGACUGUAACCAGCAUUAGCCAUAACCCACUCAUUCACAGUUAGCAUAAUGUUUUCCAUGUUAAACAGGUACUUGUAAAUUUAGAUAUUGUCAGUGUUAGUAAAUGUAUUAAUUUAUUUCAUUGUGCACACUAAACUGAAAAUAAUGUACCAAACAAAUACAUGUACUGUUACAGCUCUAACUUAUGGUAUAGAAACGGUCGGUUUCUUGGAAGAAUGGCAGCUGUCACUGCGUUAUUCGUCAGGUUCUGGCAUCUGCAGGUUUCUCUGCUUUCCAGAGGCUUCCAUUUACAAGACUAGUGCUCUUGUAGAACAGGUUGAUGAGAAGGCACAUGACUGCUCUGAACUCGGGCUCCUGUUUGCUACCUGGAAAGCCGCAGUGGCAGCGUUUAGGGUCCUUGGCCUGCGGGAGGCUGCAGAAGCUGCGUGAGCUGAAUGCUUUGGUCUAGGACGGGCCUUUGCCCGUGGCCCACCAAGGCUCUGUAGACUGGGAGCACGUCUGACCUCUGAUCCGUGUCAAAUCUUUGGAAAUGAAACGCAGGUGGAGAAAGCACAGGCAGUAGGCUGUAGUGCAGGGCAGAGCCUUCGCCUGCCGGCAGAGACACCCCAGGGUAUUGUGGGAACCCAUCAGCUGCAGGAGAAGGAGGAAGAGGUCACAGGCCCACACCGUGGGUCAUGCAGGGACCCACUCCUACAGCUGCCGAUGAAGAGUGACCUGUUUGAUGCAGACUCGGAGAGCGAGGGCGGCAGGAGUAAGAGGGAUGAAUCCCCACCCAAGAAGAAGAAGAAAAAGAAGAAGUCAAAAGCAGAGGCUGAGGAUGUGACCACAGAGAAGAAGAAGAAACGGCGGAAGGAGAAGGAGCGCUGGAAGCCGCUGCCUGGACCUGAGUCCGACGGCAACGAGUCGGAGGUGGUGGACAAUGAACCGGUUAUACCUUCAGCACCAUUAAAAAAGACUGUCCAAACCAAGAAGAGGCCUCUUGUGUCUGAUGAAGAUGAUGAAGAAGAGGAAGAGAUCAUUGGUGCAUCAAAACGGCAGACAAAAGACAAGGUCAGAGAUGGAGGCAAAGGCAAGAAGGAGGUCCGGACAGAGAACAAAAAGAAGAAGAGCAGGAGGAAAAGUGAGCAGAACGUGCCCCGUGUGGAGGACGAAGAGGAGGCAGCUUCGGCAGUGCAGGCUGAGGAAGACUUGAACAGCGAAGCACCAUCUGAGUCAGCCAGCAUGCAGACUGAUGACACGACUGCCACAGAGAGCUGCGAGCCGCCCGAAGGACCCCCCAGGUCAGGGGAGGAGGCGAAGGCCAAGCAAAAAAAGAACAAGCCUGCAAGCCUAAAGCUGCAGGGCAUCAAGGACCUCAUCCAGGAGAAGAACAAGAAGAAGGUACAGCAGCAGGCGUCGCCACAUGAAGCCACACCUCCACUGAGGGAGUCCAGUCAUCAGAAGCUAAAGAACCUGAUGAACAGUCGGGGCAUGGCGAAGGUGAAGCGGAGCGUGGACGAUGACCAUGGGCUGCCGUCUUCCGAUUCUAGCGAUGCCACUACCUCCAUCCAGCGAAGGGGGAAAGCCAAAGCGCAAGAGGGCAUGGCUCAGAAGACAAGCUCUUCUGCAGCUAGUUCUGCCAAGGCCAAGGAACCAGAUGAGCAGAGGCAAGACGGAGCUGGGUUGGCCUUUAGUUCAGCCCUGGCUUCAAAAAAGCAGAAGGAGAGCGUGGAAAAGGAGCAGUCAGGGUCCACCAAUCUCUUUGAAAAGUUUCUGUUGAACUUUGAGGCCAAGGACCGGGUGCUCAGGAGACAGACGGUCCAUGUACUGAAUUCAAGCACAGAGACACGAGGAGAGCACAAGAUAAAGGCUGCAAAGGCAGAGAAGAGGACGAGGUCAGUGAAGGAGGUGAUGCAGAAUAGGUUGGAACUAGAGAAAGCCCAUAAAGAGUUCAAGGGUCCAGAUGCUUCACAGCCAACAAACAGCCCAGCGGAGGCAGAGGACAGGCCAAGCAGAUUAGACCAUUCACCAGAGGGCAAGGAGGCAGCUGAGGGUGCAAAGGACCAGGUGAAGGGCAGGCCCGAGGGCCCCACAGAAAAAAAGGACGAGAAGCCCGACGAGGUGCCGGGACGGAUCAGAACCACGCCGGAUGAUGUCUGGGAGAGAAAGGGAAGGUUGGAAGAGGUGAGGAGCGAUCGCUUGGAGAAGAAGGUGCCAGCAGCGUCACCAGAACCAGCAGAAGAGUCAUUAGCCACGGCAACGGGAAAGUGGAAGGAGAAGAAAAGGAAGCAGGAAGAUGGCGAGCCACGGCUCUACAUGGCCUGCGAUGACAGUCGGGAGACUCGGGAGCCGACCCUGAACACUGACAGGGGGCAGGCUUCCUUGAACCUUGGGGUGGACCUCAAACUGGACUGGAUGACACUGGAGGACUUUCAGAAGCACUUGAAUGGGGAAGAUGAGGUUUUGUCUGCUGCAACCAUAUCUCCAAGUGAGUUUCGAGAGGCGGUGAAGAGUGGCGAUUACCUGGCAGUACGGUUGGCACUUAAUUCCAAAGAGGACUACAACCUAGAUCAGGAGGACUCGAGUGGGAUGUCUUUGGCCAUGCUGGCGGCAGCCGGCGGGCAGGACGAUAUCCUGAGGCUGCUGAUCAAGAAGGGAGCGCGGGUGAACGGCCGGCAGAAGAACGGCAGCACGGCCCUGAUGCACGCAGCAGAAAAAAACUUCUUGACAACGGUUGCCAUACUCCUAGAAGCAGGGGCCUAUGUCAACGCCCAGACGCUGAGUGGUGAAACGGCUCUCAUGAAGGCAUGUAAGAGGGGAAAUGCAGACAUUGUACGUCUCUUGCUGGAGUAUGGGGCUGACUGCAAUAUCCUAUCUAAACAUCAGAACAAUGCUAUGCAUUUCGCCAAACUGAGCAACAACAUCAUGGUCUAUGAUCACAUCAAGGACCACAUGGCGACGCUAUCUAGUGUGGCCGAAGACACCAUUCGGGCAUAUUUUGAGACGCGGCUGGCUGUACUGGAGCCCGUCUUUCCGUUAGCCUGCCAUCGGCUUUGCGAGGGUCCAGACUUCUCCUUGGAAUUUAAUUACAAAGCUCCCCCGCACACCCCCGCUGAGGGAACAGGCAUCCUUCUCUUCAUCUUUCAUGCCAACUUCCUGAGCGAGAUCACGGCUAGACUUUGUGGGCCUUGUAGUGUCCAUGCUGUUGUGCUCAAUGACAAGUUCCAACUUCCCAUCUUCCUGGAUAGUCACUUCAUUUACUCAUUCAGCCCAGUACCGGGUCUCAAUAAGCUUUUUAUACGACUGGCAGAGUCUCCCACUGCCAAGGUCAAGCUGCUCAUCUGUGCAUACAGAGUCCAACUACAGUGACAUGCAUGCCUCGGGUCAAAGGUCAACUGCACCCUAAACCAAGUUCAGGACAUUCCUGUGCAGCCUUGUUCUUUAUCCUUGAGUAUGGCCCCAGCCAUAUCCAUCAAGAUGAAAGACUAGCCCAGGAUGAUGGAGUGACCGAGUCUCUUGCCCAUACAGUUUCACCAAGAGCUUGAGCCCAUUGGGAAUGGGCUGCCUGCGUGCAAAGAAUAUGAUUAUCCCUGGGGCACGGAACCACGCACGGAACCACACACAGCGUGCUCUAUGUUUUUGAGGACAAGAACUGAUGACUCCAAUAAAUGCUGCCUACCCAGAA